AUGGAGGUUCUUGUGUGUUUACCCAGCGGUCGUUCAGCCAGCAUUGAAGUGCCACUGGAUUCAAGAGUGUGCGUGUUGCAAGCGGCGGCUGCGCAAGAGUUCGGAUGUGGCAUUCGAUUCUUGGUCACAGGCAGCUGCUGCCAAUUGAACCCGCAAGACGCUCUUUCCACGGCCCUCACCAGCGGGGAGUCAGUGACCGCGGUGGUGACAUCCAGCAUCUUGAUGGCCACCAAGCGGAUUUCGCUGGCGCCGCCGGCUGGGGCCUUUGCCCUGGCGGACGGCCGCAAGCUGGCCAUUUGGGGCUUCCAGAAAUCUCGGAGUCUCCGCACCAGCCGAGUGACGGAUCUCGAUGCGCUGCAAAUCCAGGCUGGGCUCUUUGGCUUCGCGGCCAUCCGGGCGGAUGGAUCUGUGGCCACUUGGCUCUGCGGGCGAGAGCAGCAUGAGCUGCGGCUUACCAAGGGAGCUCGCUGCAUUCAGGCAGUGAAAUUGACUUCUCAGUUUUCCCCGUUUGCGUUUUCAUCUAGGGUUCGUUUUGCUAGGUUUUGGGGACGUGAGGCGUUGAAGUGCCUUCUUGGAAUUCACGAGGACCCUAACAGUGUUACUUCCAAUUCAGCAUACAUGGAUGGCUUGGCGGUCCUUUGGUGCAGGCAUCUUUGA